AUGGCGGCGGGCAGCGGCGGCGGCGGGGGCGCCGGCGGCUGUGGGGGGACCCCGCUAUCCCCGGGCCCGUUGCUGCCGCCGCUGCUGCUGCUGCUGGCGCUGCCCGGCGGCGCCGUGCCCGCGGCCGACACCGUAGUGCUGGGGAUGCGGCUGGAGGAGAGCACGAAGCCCGCAGCGGCGGCGGCGGCGGCGGCUGAGGGGGCGGCCCGCGGGCCCAUCCGCCUCACGGAGGGCAGCGAGGCGCUGCUGCGGCUCUACGGGCUGGGGCUGGGCCCGCGGGCCGCCGAGCGCGUGGCCUUCGCCGAGCUGCGGCCGGGCGGCAACGCCUCGAGCGGCAACGCCACGUGCCAGGAGCGCUCGCAGGACCUGGUGGUGCGGCCGGGCCCCGCCGAGCCCCGCGACACCUCGGCGCUGCUGCGGGUGUGGGUGCAGCCCCUGCGCAAGGACGAGCGCGCCAAGACCUACGUGCUGUGCUCGCAGCGCCGGCCCGGCGAGCCCUGGCUACCGCACCAGGGGCCGGACGGGUACGUGGUGGUGCUGGAGGAGAAGAAGUCGCUGCUGCCCCUGUGGCUGCAGGUGAUCCUGAUCGCGGGGCUGCUGGUGCUGUCGGGGAUGUUCAGCGGGCUCAACCUGGGUUUGAUGGCGCUGGACCCCAUGGAGCUGCGCAUCGUGCAGAACUGCGGCACCGACAAGGAGAAGCGCUACGCCCGCAGGAUCGAGCCCAUCCGCAGGAAAGGGAAUUACCUGCUCUGCUCGCUGCUGCUGGGCAACGUGCUGGUCAACACCACGCUCACCAUCCUGCUGGACGACCUCAUCGGCUCCGGCAUCGGCGCCGUGGUGGCCUCCACCAUUGGCAUCGUCAUCUUCGGAGAGAUCGUGCCGCAGGCGCUCUGCUCGCGGCACGGGCUGGCCGUGGGCGCCAACACCAUCGUGGUCACCAAGUUCUUCAUGCUGGUGACGUUCCCGCUGUCCUACCCCAUCAGCAAGCUCCUGGACUGCAUCCUGGGCCAGGAGAUCGGCACCGUCUACAACCGGGAGAAGCUGGUGGAGAUGCUGAAGGUGACGGAGCCCUACAACGACCUGGUGAGGGAGGAGCUCAACAUGAUCCAGGGAGCGCUGGAGCUGCGCACCAAGACGGUGGAGGACGUGAUGACCCCGCUGCAGAACUGCUUCAUGAUCAACAGCGACGCCAUCCUGGACUUCAACACCAUGUCCGAGAUCAUGGAGAGCGGCUACACCCGCAUCCCGGUCUACGAGGAUGAGAGGUCCAACAUCAUGGACAUCCUCUACGUCAAGGACCUGGCCUUCGUGGACCCCGACGACUGCACACCCCUCAAGACCAUCACCAAGUUCUACAACCACCCCGUGCACGUUGUCUUCCACGACACCAAGCUGGACGCCAUGCUGGAGGAGUUCAAAAAGGGGAAGUCCCACCUGGCCAUCGUGCAGAAGGUGAACAACGAGGGCGAGGGUGACCCCUUCUACGAGGUGCUGGGGCUGGUGACACUCGAGGACGUCAUCGAGGAGAUCAUCAAGUCCGAGAUCCUGGACGAGUCCGACACCUACAUUGACAACCGCAGCAGGAAGAGGGUGUGCAACCAGAAGAACCGGCGCGACUUCUCGGCCUUCAAGGACCCCGACAACGAGCUCAAGGUCAAGGUGUCCCCUCAGCUCCUGCUGGCUGCCCACCGCUUCCUGUCCACCGAGGUGACACUCUUCACCCCCAACUUCAUCUCGGAGAAGAUCCUGCUGCGGCUCCUCAAAUAUUCCGACGUCAUCCAGGAGCUGAAGUUCGACGAGGAGAACAAGAAAUCCCCGCGGCACUUCCUGUACUGCAAGAACAAGCCGGCCGAUUAUUUCAUCCUCAUCCUGCAGGGCAAGGUGGAGGUGGAGGCUGGCAAGGAGUGCAUGAAGUUCGAGGCGGGAGCAUUUUCCUACUAUGGGGUGAUGGCACUGAGCCCCCCUCCUGGAUCUGAGAUGCGCUCGCCGUCCCACAUGAGCGGGCUGAACCGCUCGGCCUCGCUGAGCUACCACGAGCGCUCGGACUCGGGCUCGUCGCCGGUGAGCGGCAGCAACAACCAGCUCAGCGCGGGCGGCGCUCAGUACGUGGCCGACUUCAGCGUGCGCGCCCUCACCGACCUCCAGUUCGUCAAGAUCACGCGCCAGGAGUACCAGAACGGGCUGCUGGCCUCACGCAUGGACAGUUGUCCCCAGUCCCCCGACAGCAACUCCCCCAAACCGGACCCGGGCAUCCCGGAGAAACCGGAGCCUCCAGCACCGGCGGAUGAAACCACGAGUUUGCUCAACGAGAGGAACUGCCUGAGCCGCCGGAGCAACCACAGUGGCCUGGAGAAUUCCAUCUGACCCCGGCCCCCGGCGCGUCCCAGGACGGGCGUGCCUGCUGCAGGGACCUUUCCCGGUGGGAACGGUGCCGGAUGAGCCGGAGGAGCCGCAGGAGGAGGAGGAGGAGGAGGAGGCGUGGUGGGGGAAUGGAGGAGCUGGGAUUUGCUGCUGCUGCUUUUCCAGGCUGGAUGGAUUUGGGAUGGAUGGGAGCGGCGCGGGCGGCGCCAGCUCCGCCGGCACGGCGCCGACGGCUCAGGGAGCUUCGGGUCUCAGUCUGCCGCCCUGGGGACCCUCGGGAUGGACUUCCCAUCCCACCCCUGCCAGGAAUUCUGGGAUGGACAUCCCAAACCUGCCUGGAACCCGGGAUGGACAUCCCAACCCUGCCAGGAAUUGUGGGAUGCACAUCCCAAACCUUCCAGGAACCCCAACCCUGCCAGGACCCCCAGGAUGGACAUCCUGACCCUUCCAGGGAAUCUGGGAUGGACAUCCCAAUCCAACCCAACCCUUCCAGGACCCGCAGGAUGGAAAUUCCCAACCCUGCUAAGGAUGGACAUCCCAACCCAGUCCUCCCAGGAACCCUGGGAUGGACAUCCCAAACCUUCCAGGAAAUCUGGGAUGAACAUCUUGUUCCUUUGGGAUCCUUGGGAUGGGAAUCCCAGCCCUUCAGGGUUCCUGCACCAUUUUGGGAUGGGAAUUCCAUCCCUUUGGGGUCUCCUACACCACUUUGGGAUAUCCUGGGACAGGAAUCCCGGCCCUUCUUGGGUGUUUUUGGGAUCCCCUGGAUAAAUCUCAGCCCCUUCCCCGCGCCCACCCCCCUUUCCCCGCUGGCCCGGGGGGCUCUGGGGGACACGGGGACAAAUUUGGGGUCUGGAUUUUGGGAUCUGGAUUUAGGGUCUGGAUUUUGAGAUCAGGAUUUUGGGGUGUGAAUUUUAGGGUCUGGAUUUUGAGGUCUGCAUUUUAGGGUCUUUGAGUCUGGACUUUGGGACUGGAGUUUAGGAGCUGGAUUUGGGGGCUAGAUUUUGGGGUCUGGAUUUUAGGGUCAGGAUUUUGGGGACUGGACUUUGGGAUCUGGAUUUUAGGGUUUGGAAGAUUUUCAGGUUGGGAUUUUGGCAUCUGGAUUUGGGGGUCUGCAUUUUAGCGUCUGGAUUUUGGGACCUGGAUUUGGGGUCUGGGUUUUAGGGUCAGGACUUUGGGAUCUGGAUUUAGCGUCUGGAUUUUGGGACCUGGAUUUGGAGUCUGGAUUUUGGGACCUGGAUUUGGGAUCUGGAUUUUGAGGUCUGGACAUUGGGGUCUGGAUUUUGGGGUGACACAGCGCUAGUGACCAAAGUUGUACAGGCAGAAGGGGGCUAAGGGUCCCCCCAAAAGCCCCCGGGACCCUCCCCCCACCCCAAAAAAACAAAAAUAAGCACAAAAGUUCCCCCUGGG